AUGGAUGACUCUCUGUUGGACGACCAUCAAUCCAACGCCCUGAGGAUUGUCCUCAUCGGGAAAACCGGAUGUGGUAAAAGCGCCACAGCCAACACCAUUCUUGGGGAAGACAAAUUUGUUUCAACAAUAUCUUCCAACUCUAUUACCAAGAAAUGCCACAAAGCUUUCGUGCAAUGGAAAGAUAAGGACAUUCUCGUCGUGGACACCCCGGGACUCUUUGACACCAAGGAGAAGCUGGACACCACCUGCAGGGAGAUCAGCAGGUGCAUCAUCUUCUCCUCCCCGGGCCCUCACGCCAUCAUCCUGGUGCUGAGCCUGGGCCGCUACACUGAGGAAGAGCAGAAAGUCUUUGCCAUGGUCAAGGCUCUCUUUGGGGAGUCGGUCACCAGGCACAUGAUCGUCGUGUUCACCCGCAAAGACGAGUUAGAGGACAGAAGCCUACCUGACUUCAUAGAUGAAGCUGACGUGAGCCUAAAAAACAUGCUCAAGGAGUGUGGGAGCCGCUACUGUGCUUUCAGCAACAAAGCAGCAAAGGCUGAGAAGGAAGCUCAGGUGCAGGAGCUGAUGCAGCUGAUACAGAAAAUGAUCCACAACAACACCCACUUCACUGACAACAUAUACAAGGAUGUAGAGGAAAGGCUGAAAAAGAUGGCUAGGUCCUUGAUAAGAAUUUUUGAUGAUCAAUUGAAAAACGAAAUUCAACUACUAGAAAAAGAAUAUGUCAAUAAGCCACAGGAAGAAAAGGAGCAAAAUAUACAAUUGCUAAAAGAAAAACAUGCUGCUUGUAUAAGAAAUAUAAGGGAGGAAGCUGGGAUUAACAUAUUUCAUGAUAUUUUAUAUAUGAUUAGUAACAUAGUUUCAAAAUUAUUUCCUUUUUUAAAGAAGUAA